AUGGGAUCAUGCCAAAUCUAAAGACUAGAAUCCGAAUCUAAUUCCUGUAAAGAGUCUUCUUCAAAGUGCCAAUAUUCCAAAUCCUCCGUUAUUGUGAAUCAAAUUGUCUAACCUACUAAUGCUGAAAAUAAACUUGAAUUAGACCAAAUAAUUGAAGAUGAAGAAAACUUACUUACUGUACAAACUAGAAUCAAAAAGGACAAGAGAUUGUACAAUUUCCAAGAAGAAGAAUCCCUCAAAAAAAUAUCCAACAGAGAUGAAGUUGAAUCACUCAAAAUAGGAGCAAAACAAAAACGACGUCUAUUUAGGACCAGUGUAACACAUAGUCAUUUUGAUGAAAUUAAUUAACAUUCACCACCUCUCAAUCAAUCUUUAUAAGCAGAAAAAGAAGAUGAUGCGAAAUCUGUGAAAAGCAUAUUAAAAAAAAAUAGCAAAUUAAAAGAUAGUCUAAGUGGAUCCCCAGAAACUAGAUCUGUUCGCUUUGCAAGAGGCACCAUCUUUAGAACCAAAAGUCAACGUUCUAUUCGUCAAUCCAAAAAUAAAAAGCCUAAUCGACCUGACACAAGACAAAAUGAAUCUAUCAACUCUUUUGAAAAUAAAAGUCCGAAUUGGAAAAGACACAGGGAACAAGAAAGAGUCUAAAUUACCAAUAUUCCUGUUCUUUUUUCUAUGAAUCAAAAUAUAGGAGUUAAAACUAAACUUUUCUCCUACUAUUGA